ACUGCAUUAUAAUCUCAGCUUGCAAACUCUCGACGUGGACAUUUUUACUCUGAGACUUCAGGUGGAAAUAUGGCUUUAAUUCUAGAGUAUAUAGCUCUGUUUCUAAUUGCAAUUUACUCCUAUAUUGAAGCACUUGUCAAGUUGUUUAUCCCAGCAAAAAGGAAAUCUGUUAGUGGAGAUAUUGUACUGAUCACCGGAUCCGGCCACGGUAUUGGACAGCUUACAGCCCUUAAAUUUGCCUCUUUGCAGAGUAUUCUCGUCUUAUGGGAUAUUAAUAAGGAAGGAGUGGAAGAAACAGCAGAACAAUGCAGAAAACUGGGAGCGACAGCCUACGCAUAUGUGGUGGACUGCAGUAAGCGAGAUGAUAUUUAUGCAGCAGCUGAGAAGGUAAAGUCAAGCAUUGGAGAUGUGGAUAUCCUUAUAAAUAAUGCAGGAGUUGUGUUUGGUGUGGAGUUUCUGCAGCUACAAGACCAUCAAAUUGAGAAGACAUUUGAAGUUAACAUCCUUGCACAUUUCUGGACCACCAAAUCCUUCUUGCCUGCAAUGAUGAAAAAGAAUCGAGGACACAUCGCUACAGUGGCGUCUGUGUGUGGUCACAUUGGAUUAACAUAUCUAGUAGAUUAUUGUGCCAGCAAAUUUGGUGCAGUCGGAUUUCAUGAGUGCAUGACUGAAGAACUUGCCACCCUUGGAAAAGAUGGCAUUAAAACCUCUUGUUUAUGCCCAGUGUUUGUAAACACUGGGUUUGUCAAAACACCAAGCACUAGAUUAUGGCCAGUCCUGACACCUGAGGAUGUUGCAACUUGUUUUGUGGAUGGUAUAUUAACCAAUAAGAAGAUGAUUUUUGUCCCUUCAUCCAUCAAAAGAUUUUUACUACUGACAAACUUCCUUCCUCAGCGAGUAAUAGAUAAGAUAAACAAGAUGCAAGAUGUACAGUUCAGCACUAAGUUCCGAAGUGCAACCAAGAUGGAUUAAUGUGAGCCAAGAGAAAUCAUGAACACAAGACAAGUCUUCUGAUGUUUUGUGCAAUACUCUAACACUGCUUUGUUUAACAAGAAUCAAUUUACUAAUAAUCAUGUUUCACAGGUAUAUAACAAAUCAACUAAUCAGUACUUUUUCUUUUUUAACUAGUUAUUGCAUGUUUUCCAUCUACAUAUGAAUACAAUAGCAAUAGAAAUAAUAUGGCUGGGGUUCUUUCUGAAGACAAUAAGGGGGUGAUUCAGAUCUGAUCGCUGGUGUGCGUUUUCGCACAGUGGGCGAUCAGCGAUAGACUGUGCAUGUGUAUGCACCGCAAUGCGCACACGUGUUGCCAAACAACAAUAGGCAUCGCCAACCUGCGACAGGGUGGUGCGAAAAUUCCGAUCGCACGGGUGUUUGCUAGCUGAUUGACAGGAAGAGGCCAUUUGUGGGUGGUAACUGACUGUUUACUGGGAGUGUCAGGGAAAACGCAGGCGUUCCCUAGAGUUUUCUGGGAGGGUGGCUGAUGUCAGCUCUGGCCCCGAUCAGCCUGUUCUCAUCGCACUGUAGGAGUAAGUCCUGGACUGCGCACAGACUGCACACACUGGAUUUUUGCAGCUCGGCAUACACAUGUGAUCGCACACCUGCAUGGGAAGAAUUUACACUCCCCUUCGGCGGUGACUAUCUGAAUGCAGGACAACAACGUUAGCAGCCCAGCUGUCAGAUCUGAAUUACCCCCUAAGUACAUACUUCCAGUUUUCUUAAUUUGUAUCAAGAUCCAGCCUUGGGUGCCAAGAGGUAGAGGAGGCAGGCAUAUAAAAUGUACCUGAGUCAGUCUGGGGACCUGGCAGAGAUGCAAUUAAGUCCAGAAGAGGCUGUGUCCAAACCCCAUACAGUGUCACCCCAGUGUAAGGAUGGCCUAAUACAUCUCCUUACGCACUGGACAUGACCUUUUGCAGCACAUGCUGUAUUUUGUACUGUAAGAUGUUUUUAGGAAAGCUGGAGCAACUAUCUAUAAGCAAAAACUUAGUUUUUAAAAUCAGCCCAAACCAGUGCCUGAUAAACAUUCUUCAUGUAAUGUUUCAGUGAUUUAUUUAUUUCUAGGCUGCACAAUCAUGAAGAUUAGAGUAGAUUAGAGUAGGCCACACAAAAACCACCCCCAUUUUGUACAAUAGGUGAUCUUAGCUAUAUUCUAAAUACAGUAUAAACAAAAAAUAUUACAUACUUUUGUGGGUAGUACACAAACAUUGCCCAGAUGAAUUUAACGCUGCAAUUUAGAGUUGAGUUACUAUACACAUAUAUUCUGCAAAUUCAUGUAACUUUUCUGUUUUUAUCACUAUAAAGUGUAAGUCCACCUCUUUUCGCUUUUGGGGGGUUCAAUAUACAAGUUAGAUCCUAAGGAGGGUAUCCUAUUAGUCGUGGUAAUUUGCUACUUGAAAAAAAAAACAGGUCUUUAUAUUGAUUAAAG